GUCAACGUUACAGCAAUGUACAAGCUUUUUCAAUUAAAAAGGGUGGUAGUAUCAACGAAAAUUGAGCCAGAAUGAUAUUUCGCCAGCCGCCAUUAUCCAGUGUCAGCAACAUAUAUGUGUUACCAUUCAACAAAACCGUAUGGGUUAGUUGUUGUGGAUUGAUUCUAGUAAUGGCUUGUAUUAUCAGCUUUCAACUGUAUUGUGUUAAAAGAGUAGAAGUAAUUAUUAAAUUGACCAAUUGUUUUGAUUUGAUUACAUUUCUCGGAGGUGCAGUAUGCCAACAAGGAUUCGCUUUAUCACCGUCAACUUUAUCAACUCGUAUAACAAUGUUAUUUUUAUUUAUAUCAUCAGUAUUUUUAUUUACAUCGUAUUCAGCAACAAUUGUGGCAUUGUUACAAACACCAAGUACACAAAUUCAGACAUUAGAUGAUUUGGUUGAAAGUCCACUUGGUGUUGGAAUUCAAAAUAUUACAUAUAAUGUUGUGUUUAUAACAGAAAGCCAAGAUCCUAUUACUAAGAGACUCUAUCAACAAAAAGUUCUACCUAAAGGAUCACGUGGAUUUUUAGAAGUAGCAGAAGGAGUUGAAUUGGUUCGUCAAGGAAUGUAUGCUUUUCAGGUUGACACGGGCGCUGCAUACGAUAUAAUCAGUGCUACAUAUACAGAAGCAGAAAAAUGUGGUUUAGACGAACUUGAAUUAUAUCAAUUACCAAUGCAGGUUAUACCAUUGGCAUAUCGGUCACCAUAUCGAGAUAUAUUCGCAAUAAGAUUGCGUUGGCAACGAGAAAAUGGACUACAAAAUCGUAUCUUUAAAAUAUGGGUACCGCAACGACCCAAAUGUGAAACAUCACGUGGUGGUUUUGUAAGCGUUGGACUCACUGAAUUUGCUCCAACAAUAAAAGCACUUUUAUUUGGUGCAUCAUUUGCAUUUUUUAUACUUUUCAUUGAGGAUAGGGAUGGGAAUACAUAG